AUGGAAAGAGGAUUACUGAUUCAGGAUGGCCCUUUUGGAUCUUGUGAAAAUAAGUACUGUGGUUUGGGAAGGCAGUGUGUAAUCAGCAGAGAGUCGGGGCAAGCAGAAUGUGCCUGCAUUGAGCUUUGCAAACGGCACUACAAGCCUGUGUGUGGAUCUGAUGGACAAUUUUAUGAAAACCACUGUGAAGUACACAGAGCUGCCUGCCUGAAAAAACAAAAGAUUACCAUUGUUCACAAUGAAGACUGUUUCUUUCGAGGAGACAACUGCAAGACAGCUGAAUAUAGCAAGAUGAAAAGCAUACUUUUAAACUUACAAAAUCAGAAAUACAUUACACAAGAAAAUGAAAAUCUUAAAGGUGAUGACAUAUCUCGGAAGAAGCUUUUGGUGGAUCAAAUGUUUAAAUAUUUUGAUGCUGACAGCAACGGGCUUGUAGAAAUUAAUGAACUCACUCAGGUAAUAAAACAGGAAGAAUUUAGCAAGGAUCUAUCUGAUUGUACUUUGUAUGAUCUGCUGAAAUAUGAUGAUUUUAACUCUGACAAGCACCUGGCACUUGAAGAAUUUUAUAGAGCAUUCCAGGUUAUCCAAUUGAGUCUUCCUGAAGAUCAGAAACUAAGCAGUAUUGCAGUGACUGUGGGACAAAGUGCUGUUCUGAGCUGUGCCAUUCAAGGAGCCUUGAGACCCCCCAUCAUCUGGAAAAGGAACAAUAUUAUUCUAAAUAAUUUAGAUUUGGAAGACAUCAAUGAUUUUGGAGAUGACGGAUCCUUGUAUAUUACUAAAGUUACCACAACUCACAUGGGCAAUUACACCUGCUACGCAGAGGGCUAUGAACAUGUCUAUCAGACUCACAUCUUCCAAGUAAAUGUUCCUCCAGUCAUCCGGGUGUAUCCAGAGAGUCAAGCUAGAGAACCUGGGGUAACUGCAAGUCUCAGGUGCCAUGCAGAGGGCAUACCAAAUCCUCAGCUUGGCUGGCUGAAGAAUGGAAUUGAUAUUACACCAAAGCUAUCCAAGCAACUCACACUUCAAGCAAAUGGCAGUGAGGUUCACAUAAGCAAUGUGCGUUAUGAAGAUACGGGAGCAUACACUUGUAUUGCAAAGAAUGAAGCAGGAGUGGAUGAAGACAUCUCUUCUCUUUUUGUCGAAGAUUCUGCUAGAAAGACACUAGCUAACAUAUUAUGGAGAGAAGAAGGUCUGGGAAUUGGGAACAUGUUCUAUGUUUUUUAUGAAGAUGGAAUCAAAGUGAUACAACCCAUUGAAUGUGAAUUCCAGAGACAUAUUAAACCUAGUGAAAAGCUCCUUGGAUUUCAGGAUGAAGUCUGUCCUAAAGCUGAUGGAGAUGAAGUUCAGAAAUGCAUGUGGGCCUCAGCUGUUAAUGUCAAAGACAAAUUCAUAUAUGUUGCACAGCCAACUUUGGACAGAAUUCUUAUUGUCGAUGUGCAGUCCCAAAAAGUUGUUCAGGCAGUAAGCACAGACCCUGUCCCUGUUAAAUUGCACUAUGAUAAAUCACAUGACCAAGUGUGGGUGCUAAGCUGGGGUACCGUGGAAAAGACUUCACCAACAUUACAGGUAAUAACCCUAGCCAGUGGAAAUGUGCCUCACCACACGAUCCACACACAGCCAGUGGGAAAGCAAUUUGACAGAGUGGAUGAUUUUUUCAUUGCUACCACAACACUCAUCAUCAACCAUGUGAGGUUUGGAUUUAUUCUUCAUAAAGAUGAAGCUGCACUACAAAAAAUUGAUCUUGAAACCAUGUCGUAUAUCAAGACAAUUAACUUGAAGGACUAUAAGUGCAUUCCUCAAUCAUUAGCCUAUACACAUUUGGGAGGAUACUACUUUAUUGGCUGCAAGCCUGACAGCACUGGAGCAAUUCCACCACAGCUCAUGGUGGAUGGUGUUACUGACUCAGUCAUUGGAUUCAACAGUAAUGUAACAGGCAUUCCUUAUGUCUCCCCAGAUGGACAUUAUCUUGUCAGCAUUAAUGACGUGAAAGGUCUUGUGAGGGUCCAGUACAUCACCAUCAGAGGAGAAAUACAGGAGGCAUUUGAUAUUCACACAAAUCUGCACAUAUCUGAUGUGGCAUUUCAGCCAUCCUUUACUGAAGCCAAUCAGUACAACAUCUAUGGUAGUUCUAGCACACAAACUGAUGUGCUCUUUGUGGAGCUUGCAUCUGGAAAGGUUAAGAUGAUAAAAAGCCUUAAGGAACCACUCAAGGCAGAAGAAUGGCCUUGGAACCAGAAGAACAGGAAAAUCCAGGACAGUGGUUUGUUUGGUCAGUACCUGAUGACACCUUCCAAGGAUUCUCUCUUUAUCCUAGAUGGACGGCUCAAUAAGUUAAACUGUGAGAUCACUGAAGUUGAGAAAGGAAAUACUGUCAUUUGGGUUGGAGAUGCCUAG